AAAUAAAUACUGGGCAGGAGACAUUCCUUCAAAAUCUCUGGACAUUUUUCGUACAAAAGUAAAAAUAUUCGAGCUAACCAAAGACGAAUUUCAAAAAUUAUACGGAUACGCUAAAAACGAAGGUAGCACAAUUCAAGCAGUUAUAUCAACACCGUUUUCUCUUCGUCCGACCACGGAUCCACCAAUCUCCCCAAAUGAAUUUGGCGUCUACCUAACAGAAUUCACCGCCAAUUCGCAAGUGAGAAGGAUUCAUAAAACAGAGUUUUGGAAUCUAGCAAGGGGUUGGCGAAGAGAUUUUUUAAAAAGAAAACCCGAGGCUAUGCACCAGAUCUGGUUGCUGAAAUUUUUGGGAAAAUGUUACGAAGAGUGGAUAAAAUGGCUGAAUGGACGACGAUUUGCAAUUGAAAAUGAUGGAAUGGGAAGGAAUGCUUCCGGUGAAAUAUCGAAUCUGGGAAGAUGGGUGGUUGCUGAUGACGGGGAGCAUGAAAAAAGUUCUGGAACAGAUAUAGGUAUGAUAAAAGAAGAAAAAUGGGCAAUAAAAGAUAUGACAUUCUCACAAUGUGCAGAUGUGGUUGGCCCUGCUUUCACCAUUAAUGUGGUAACAUAUGAGGAUAAUUUUCGAGGCACAGUGACGUAUCAAGAGGACGCAAUUUCCAACAAUAAAAUGGAGAAAUUUGUUAGUGGAUUGACCAACAUUUUGAGAUGUGUGGCUGAAAAAGGAGAUGUCAAAUUUGGGGAACUUUGA